AUGCCAUCUCGCUCAUUUGCUGAGUUGACAAUUAGCCUCAGUGGAAAAUUCAAAGGCUAUAAACACCAUAAAUUGGAAGGGAUAAUAGAAGGCCUGGGAGCAACUUAUAGCCACAAGGUCACUCCCAACUGCACCCAUCUCAUUAGCACGGAGCUCGAAAUGCAAAGGAGAAGCCUGAAAGUAACUCAAGCCAGUAAUGCUUAUACUUGCGACGUCGUUUCCUUGCAAUGGCUACUGGAUUCUGAACGUAAUGCGGCUCCACAGCCUGAGGAAAGCUAUACGAUACCGGCCAAGUCGGCUACCCCAGCCGUUGACAAUGGGAUCGUUGGCCAGAAACGUGCCAUUGAGCAAGUGCUGGAUAUGAGUGAGGAUCCUUGUGUAAAGAAAUGCAAAACGGAGCUCAAGGUCAAUCAUCAGGAUGUCACCAUUCCGGCGCAUCAAGCGUGUCCAUUCAGAGGGGACUAUUCUGUGUAUAUCGACGACACUGGGGCAGUAUGGGACGCAAUGCUGGUCAAAACGGCGGCGGGAGGGAAGAUUAACCACUAUUACCACCAACAGCUUCUUGUGGAUCGUUCCAGAACGCAUUAUAGAAGCUGGGCCUGUUGGGGACGAGUAGGUGAGGCGGCCCAAACGCUGGAAUGCAUCGACCAAGGCAGGCGGGAUGCACAGGAGAACUUUGAAAAGAGAUUCUAUCAGAGAACGGGGUUCCACUGGGGGAUGAGGCUUUUUCGUUCGACACAGCCAGGGAAAUACACAUAUAUUUCCCCAGGCUACAUGGACCUAGAGUUGGAGAAUCAAGGCGAGUCCCAGCAACAGGUGCGGUAUAAAAUGCGGCUAGCAGAGUGCACGCUGCCAAAAUCGGUGCAAAAAGUCCUCGGUUGUAUCUUUAACAUGGACAACUUGGUGUCUGCUACCACUGCCAUGUCUUAUGAUACACGAAAGUUACCUCUUGGGAAGCUCAGCAAGCAAACGCUUCGCGAAGGGUACUCAAUCUUGAAGGAGUUGAGUGGAGUCAUUGAAACUCCGUUUCUCGCAGGAACCCUGCAUAAGAAGGAGUUAGACGAAGUGAUUAAGGAGCUCAGCAGCCAAUAUCUGAGCAUUAUUCCCCACGUCUUCGGGAAGAAUCAGCCGCCCAUCCUACACAGCGAGAAACAUAUCAAAAAGGAGUUGGACCUCCUACUUGACCUUGCAAACAUGUUAGUCACAACAGACAUCGUAGACUCUGUCCAAAAUGGCAUAGAGCAUCCGCUUGACCGACAGUUUCAGGCCCUAGGGCUACAAGAGAUGACUACUCUAAAGCAUAGUUCUGCCGAAUUCAAGGAAAUCAGCCGUUACUUUUUCCAAUCGCCAAGGGUCACAGGUGCUCAUAAUCAGAUCAUCGAUAUUUUUCGGAUUCAGCGUCGGGGCGAGGAAGACCGUUUGAAAACUUGUGAGACUGGAAAUCUUAAUAACAGCAAUCGGAGACUCCUAUGGCAUGGCUCACGGAUUGCUAACUUUGCGGGGAUCCUGAGUCAAGGCCUGCUCGUUUCACCCCCAGGCGUAGGUGCCAACGGGGCAUCAUUCGGAAAGGGCUUGUAUUUCACGGAUGCUUCUAAUCGAUCACUCAAAUUUUCGCCAGUCGAUAAGAAAUCUCGUAGAAGGCUGCUGAUGCUCUGCAAUGUGGAAUUGGGGCAUCCAAUGCAUGAGAUCAACCCGGGCACGCAAUUCACUGGCCGGAAGAAUGGUACAAUUUCCACGCUUGCGUUAGGGAUUCGAGGACCGCGAUUGUGGAAGGAUGCCAGCUGCAUUCACCCUACUCUGCGAGGUUCAAAGAUUCCAGAUCCCAACGACUACUUUUUACCCCCAAGCGCCUCCUCCGCCCUGAGUGGCCGAUAUCUUAAUGAGUACGUUGUUUACGACCCAGCCCAGGUCCAGCUGAAGUACCUCGUAUUCUUACUACAAAGCUGAGCGCAUGCGUAUGAAAGCUUUUAUGUGGCUAGCGUUCUUGAGCUUUGAGAAGCUACACUUUCGACACUGAGAUGCUACCAGAUAACCGCAAUGUAGUGGCUAGAGGCUACAGUCUUGGGCGGUUCAAGAAAAGAAUAUUCAUAGUGAC